CGAACCUCAGCGACAGGUCAUUGGGCGUGGCCGCCAGCCGCACUCGCCUGAAUUGAGCACCGGAUGGCGGCGGCAGAGGGUAGGCUGCUGUCGAGCCCGGAGGAGCCCGCUACCAGCGGUCCGCCGGAGGCGGCGGGGGAGCUUGGGCCUAGCGGGAAGCGCGUGGUGCCCGGAAUUAUCUAUCUGGGGCAUAUCCCGCCUUGCUUGCGGCCCCUGCACGUCCGGAACCUACUCAGCGCCCAUGGCGAGAUCGGCCGCGUCUUUUUCCAGUCAGAGGAGCGACAUGGGCGGCGGAAGAAGAGCUCGGGCCUCGGAGGUAGUCGCGGCGGUCCGAGCCUGGACUACAGCGAGGGCUGGGUGGAGUUCCGGGACAAGCGAGUGGCCAAGCUGGUGGUGGCUAGCCUGCACAACACGCCCAUGGGCACCCAGCGCCGAAGCCGCUUCCGCUAUGACCUGUGGAACUUGAAGUACUUGCACCGCUUUAAGUGGAGCCAUCUGAGCGAGCGCCUGGCCUAUGAGCGGCAUGUUCGGCAACAGCGGGUCCGGGCAGAGAUCUCCCAGGCCAAGCGGGAAACAGACUUUUACCUGCAGAGUGUGGAGAAGAGCAAACGGUUCCUCAAGAAGGAACGAGCUGCUUCGGCCCCAGAGAAGACCUGGGGCUUCGCCCAGCGCCCCACGGAACUGGAGAUCCGAAAGCACAAAGAGCAGCCAGCUCAGAUGCACAGGCUGGCCGAGCAGGCCCAGCCCAACGCACCCUUGCUGGCCAAAAUCUUCCGGCGAGGGCCUGAGACUUCUCCAUAAAAGUGUCUGGUGGCUCCAAUCCCAGACAGAGCAAUAAAGCCAUGCCAUGCCGAGA